CAAGAACAACGUUGAUCUUCACUAACUUAGUUAUGCUCUGGCUUGGGCUGGUAAAAUAGUAAACAACAACGCGGCCAUCCAUUGCGGCAAUUGCAGUGUUAAGAAAAACCGUCUUACGUCGCGAGCAAUGUUAAGUUCACAAUCUAUGCAAUUCAGUUGAGUAGUUUUUCAAGCUCAGUGUCAACAUGUCUGUAGUCUCUGAAAGUCACCCAACUUCAGUGCGAAGAAGAGUGCUGACUCUUGCUGUCUCAAGCUUACUGACGGAGCUGGGAUUUGAUCAUGCCGAAAAAAUGGCUGUUGAAACGUUAGUGGAGAUGAUUCAAAGUUUUCUUACAGAGGUGGGCAACAGUAGCAAAUCAUACUGUGAGCUAGCUGGUCGGACUGAACCUGUCAUUGGUGACGUCAUUGUAGCUCUAGUCAAUAUGGGGUACAACUUGGAUGGGCUUCAAGCUUAUGGUCGUCGCCCAGCUCGCACCACUGUACCUCAACCUCUGCCAUCUGCUGCUCCUAAACCAACAAACAUUCUCCAGGCUGGAGAAAAGCAAAGAUUCCCAGCAUUUAUUCCUAAUUACAUGCCAGAAUUCCCUGAUCCACAUGCCUACAUUAGAACUCCAACUCAUAAACAACCUGUCACGGAAUACGAGGCUAUCCGUGAGAAGUCAGCACAGCACAAAAGAGAUUUAGAACGUGCUCUGUGCAAAUUUAUUACUAAAACAAAUGAAGUUUGCAGUUUGUUUCAAGGUCCCGACACAAUGUUCCCUCUGGUAACUGUUAAACCUAAAUUUCCUCCUUACCUUGAUGCCCUUCUUCCCAAAGACCAAAUAUUUGAUUUUGAGGAAGAACAAGUGCAUCAGGCACCAAAGAAAGCAAAGAAAGAAAAGGAAACAACAGAAAAUAAAGAAGGUGAAGAAGAUCAGAAAGAAGCUGAUGUUAUUGACAAUCCAUAUUUAAGACCAGUAAAACUGCCAAGAAAGAAAUUCAAACUCAAAUGAAAACUGUCACUCCUUAAAUUUUCUGUACUUUGGUCCGUUCUGGAACAAUGUGUACUGUACUUAUUUAUUUGUGUCACCCUUGUGUAAAACAUGAAGCCAAUCUGUGAUGAAUGAACUGUUUGAUUUAUCUAUCUCAUCAAUUAAUGUUCCAUACCUACCCUUGUUUGCAUUAGGUAGUAUUGAAGUUAUCAUCUCUCCUAUCCCACUUGUUGACUGAAGAGAUUUACUUGUGUUUCACGUAUUUAUGAUGACCAAACUAUGUUCCAAAAUUGUUCAGCAAGUGUCUUAAUCAAUUCCAAAGUAACACUUGACGUAUUAUGUAGAGAUGAAUAGUAAAUAAAUUUUUUAUUGUCUUA